AUGAAGGUGUUCUGGAACUUCACUCUGGUGGCAGCCAGUUUCCUUGUCUUCAGCAGCAGUGCUCUAAAUAUACCAGGCAUACCGACCAGUCUAACCACCGAUGAACGUCUUAAUGCCGUAAUUUCAGCUGCCGUGGCCGAGGAGAUAAGCCAUGAGUACCUUAAGUACCUGAGGACUGGUGUCGAAACGCCGAGAUUGCGUGAAUUGGCUGACGAAUUGGGGGCCACCAAAGAUAAAAAGGAUAUAUUCACCGAAUCCAUGGGUGAUCUGAGUCGUGCCAAUCAAUUUCUUACCUGCACCAUGUGCAGAUCGGUGGUUAAUGUAAUAGCACGCACUUUUACCUCACCCGAUGGCGAGCUGAAUGGUCCCAAUCGGGAUGAGGAAGCUAGGAAUGUUAUUAUCAAAAUGGCUGCAUAUUUCAAUAUAAUGAAUGACGAUGUUGUCGGUGGCCUAUUUGAUCUUAAUUGGCCCAUAUGGGAUUACAUUUUGAAUGAGACUAUUGCCGAAUCGCGUUCAUUUUGCGGCAUGUUGCCCUAUGAAAUCUGUCAGAUACAACAGGAUCAAUACAAUCUCACUGUGACAAUUGUGGGUGAUACACCAGCAGAGUCCAACACAGAAAUGCCCGAGCGUGGCGACAAUGAUGUGCUGAUUCUUCAAUUGACGGACAUACAUUACGAUCCCGAAUACAGGGUUGGAGGUCUAGCCGAUUGUGAAGAGCCCAUGUGUUGCCGUGAUGCUCUGCCAGCGGGUGCCGAGACAACUGGAGCUGGUUUCUGGAGUGAUUAUCGCAAUUGCGAUACACCCAAGACGUUGAUUGUGAAUGCCUUUGAGCAUAUAAGUAAGACACAUAAGUUGGAUUGGAUUUAUCACACCGGCGAUGUGCCACCACAUAAUAUUUGGUCCACCACCAAGCAAGGAAAUUUGGAUAUGCUAACAGAGAUUGAUGGACUGCUGACUGAAAACUUUCCAAAUAUUCCUGUCUACUCCUGUCUGGGUAAUCAUGAACCUCAUCCCACAAAUGUUUUCGUUAAUGAAAAUGAUAUACCAGCUGAAUUGAAUGUGGAUUGGCUUUACUCACAUGUCUGGAGUCUUUGGUCCAAGUGGCUGCCGGCUUCUGCGGAGGAAACUGUUCUACGUGGCGGCUACUACACAGUCUUACCUCCUACUGGUCCUCGUAUUAUUGCCCUAAAUAGUAUGGAUUGCUAUCUAUUCAACUGGUGGCUCUACUACAAUGGUUCACUGGUGAUGGAGCAAUUGAAUUGGUUGCACGACACAUUGACAGAGGCUGAAAGAAAUGGUGAAAAGGUUCACAUCUUGACGCACAUUCCCUCAGGCGAUGGCGAUUGCUGGACUGUGUAUGCAAGGGAACUUAAUCGCAUUCUGGCUCGUUUCAAUAAGAUCAUAACAGGCAUCUUUAAUGGCCAUACCCACAAGGAUGAGAUGAAUGUACAUUAUUCGACUGAUAAUCACGCUUAUGCUGUAUCCUGGAAUGGUGGCAGUUUGACCACUUACUCGUAUAUGAAUCCCAAUUAUCGUCUCUACGAGCUGAGUGGCCAGACAUGGCAAGUGUUGGACCAUCAUACGUAUAUUGUUAAUCUUACCGAGGCCAAUCUCAAUCCGGACAAGGAUCCCGAAUGGCUGGAAGAGUAUUCAUUCACUAAGGAAUUUACCUCAGAUACCAGCCCAGCGGGCAUUGACAAAUUACUCGUAGAGAUGGCAGAGAAACCAUCCCUCCUGCGGACAUUCUGGAAAUUUAAGAUGACCAGUGCUGAUCCCAAAUUGGAGGCUGGUUGUGAUAAUGCUUGCUUGAGUACAACUCUAUGCCGCAUUGCCACAAGUAACUAUGGGGAGAAGACACGUUGUCGUGAACUGCAGGCAAUUCUAGAGGAAAGUUUGGCCAAUGAAGAAGACGAGGAUGAUGACAACGGCAAUGGUGAUGACAAUGGUGGUGGAGCCUCGGCCAUUAUGGCUUAUAGUUUUACCUGCCUUCUGACCAUAUGGCUGUCUCUUAGUUUACUCAUUUAGUUUUUCUUUAACUCCUUGCAUAACAUUUCUAACUUAUCGAUGGAAAUUUAUUUAUAGCCUUCUAUAGAUGUUGUUUUUUCUUUUAAUGCUUGUGUGUGCCACUUAAUUAGUUCGAUUAGCCGCUAUCCCAUAAAAAAAAUAAUGCCAUAAUACACACAUACAUACUUACUUAUAUAUAUCGCAUCAUAAAGAUUCUACGGAAGGCAAAAGAAAUUCCCAUGGCCAUUAAUAUUAGCCCCCAACCAACCAACCAGAGACCAACCGAAAUAAUAAAUUCAUAAUUCUUAUUUUCAACACACAGAAGUUUCGAUAUA